UUACCUGACAUGUUGUUUUUCAAUAAUUUUUAUAAAAUUUUAAGAUUGGACAAAAAUGCUGUAAAUAUUGUUAAAUUCUAUUAUGCUUUGAGAUUUCAGGUGCUAAAAAAAGAUAAUGAACUUUUAUUAAGAAAAACAAUGUGAAUUAAGUUCUUUGACAAAUCUUCUUUUAAAAAUUUCAGUUUAACUUAGAUUUGUUCUUUUAUUUAUUUUCAGGAAGCAUCUCCACUGAGGACAGGGUUGCUAGGUUCAAUAGAUGCAGUCUUUGAGCAGAAUAGACAAGAGGAUGAAAGAAGGAAAAGUAAGAUGAGAGACCAAAGAGAAGCAGAGUUGGCCCACUCUAGCUAUUUGAAGUAUAAUGCUUCAUCAGUACAAGAAUUACAAGAUGCUAAAUGUGUAGUGCAACAAUGGGCAAAUAAACAUUCUAGUAAAAGAUUGAACAAUCUGAGCAAGGUGGUUGCUGAUAAAAGAAGUCCACAAAACAGACCAAUUAUAACAUCAACAAAUUCAAGAUUUGGAACUAUUUUGUAUUCAACUGACAACAGUGGCACCAAUUCAAUGACAAAGCAAAACAAACAGGAUACAAGAUCACCAUUAAGGAGGAAGAAAGACUUCAUACCAGAAUUUUCUGAUGAGGAUGAUGACAUUUUGAACCUUAGUGAUUCAGGUUUCCCUUGUGUUGACCUCCAAACACCAGACAAGAUGGAUAGUAGUCCUGUUAGAAAAGGUAUGAAAAUAAACACAUUUACGUCACAGUCAGAAACAAAGAGGAGAUGUUUUGAAUCUUGUAUUAAUGUUGACCAGCAGUCUAAGAAUUUCAAACCAUAUACAGUGACAUCUAGAACAGCAGAUUUUAUUUCGCUCAACUGCAAUAACUCUGCAUUGGGAGCAGAAGGACAAAAUGUUAACUCUGGGAUUAAUUCUGAUGAAAAGGAAAAUGAUUUGAGGAGUAUUCAACCAAAAAGACCAGAUGUGUCUGUAGUUGAGAUUUCAGAUGAAGAAAACAGUGUUCUAAAUAUAAGUGACCAUGAUUUGUCUUCAGCUGACAAUUCAAAUGAAGCAUCACAUACCAUUUUUCAAUCAGUAAGACCAAAAGAUAGAAGUCUUGUCAGGUGUCCUGUACUGAAUUGUAAUGGUAUAUUUGAUUCUAGGGCGUUGUUUGAUAGACACAUGAAUAACUUUGAACAUUCUCCAACUGAUCCAUGGGGUGAAUACAGUGAAAAUAAGGAUGUCUUGAGUGACAUUGUAAUGUGUCCUGAAUGUGGCAAAGUAUUUAAGCAAAGAGAAGCCUGUGUACAGCAUAUAAAAGAUAAAAAGCAUGUUUAUCCACUUACUCCUCUACCAGUCCAAGGAUACCUCUGUUAUUCAUGUCUCAUGUUAUUUCCUACAGACGAGGAAUGUGCAUCUCACAUAACAACACUCAAACAUAACUCUACAGCUUUUCCAUUUUCUGAUGACAUGAAAGGUUUGUUUACCAAAUUUAAAGGAAUACCAGUUUCGAAGAAAUUUGUAGAAGAUUAUUAUAAAAAGUGUAUGUCGGCAGAUUUCAGUAUUGUUUGUUGUGAUUGUGAACUACCUAUAAAUGGACAUAGAGAACUUCAACAGCACUUGGAUGAAACAAGACUUAGUCACAGUUUAAUGGCACUAACUGAAAUAACACUGACAGAUAUUUUUACCAGUUAUUUGUAUACUCACAAAUGUUCAACAUGUCAUGCAGCUGUGGAAAAUCCCAAAAUAAAUGGUGGAUUCCAUAGCUGUAAUAAAGAAAUAGCUGGGAAAAUAAUGACUGAUGGUUGUAACUCAUUCAAAGCCUUGGUGCUGGGUCAUUGUGUUAGGUUAGAACAGGAUGAUACCACUGAACUUAAAAUUAAAAUCAGCGAGGUAUCAAACAAAGAAGGCAGAGAAGAACCAAUGGAAUUGGACCUGCAAACUGUUGGAAAUAAGUUGCAGAAAUGUGAAAAAAUUUUGCCAUCUAAUCAACUGGCAUAUUCAAGUGUAAAUCCUGGAUCUUCUAAUGAUCUUUCUUAUCUAUGUGAAAAACCUGGACCAUCCAAUAAUUCAAAGUCCUCUAAAAGAAAAUCCGAUGAGUUUAACAAGUUUUCAAAUCGGUCCAAAAAUAAUGAAAUGGAAGUUGAAUCUGAAUCAAUUCAACCUUCAAAACGAAAAAGAAUAAAGAAAUAUUCAGGUGAAACAAAGACAUCAACAAGAAUGGAUGUUGCCCUAAGUAAUUACAGCAGUGUUACUGAUCCUGCCUACCUGAAAACAAUGGUCAAUAUCAUAUUUUUAGAUUUAGAUAAUUGGACUGGGUUUUUCCCAAAGUUACCGAACAGAUUGCCUGAAAGGUUCUUUGUGUGGGCAUUUUAUGGAGGAAACACACAUUGGAAGGAGCCAUACCAGUGUGGAGCAUAUGAAUAUCAAGUACGUGAAAACCGUUUCUAUCUUCAUGAUCGUUGUGGAACAAGAAAAGAUGCUGCAGACUUUGCCAUAUGUUUAACGGUUGGUCAAAUGGACAUGGUGUUACCACCGACUGUCCAUUUCACAAUACUUUCUGGGGAUAAAGGAUUUAUGGAGAUAGAAAGACAGAUGAAAAGUUCAAAGCGUAAGGCAGUGGUCAUAGAUCCACAUGAGGCAAUGAAAAUGUCAAACCAUGUUCUAUAUACUAUGCUAGUGAGUGUAGGGGAAACAUGAAGAAUGUGUUUAAAGCUACAAUUGUUAUCCAAGCAGUAUUAAGCAUGGUGGUAAUGAUAAGUGAUGGCUAAUUAAAGAUGAACAAAUUGUGAAUACGCUUACUUGGAAUUAAAAAAAAAGAACAUGAGCCUUCAAUGACAAUAUAAAGGUUAUGAAAAAUGUACCUUUAUAUCUGAAAAAGCAGCAGGUGGCAGUACACCAAUUAUACAGGCAUUAAAAUAAAAUAAGCAGUUGUGUUUUAUAAAAAACAUAAAUUUGCUUUUCUGAUGUUAAAGCUGGCAAUGCCUGUUUGAAAAAGCCUGAAGAAUCAAUAGAAUAUGGUCUUUUCAGGAUUUAGUUUGGUAAUAAAAACAGUGAGUUUGCAUUUGAAUAUCAUUCAAACAAUGAUAACGAUAAAUAUCUUUCAAAGUUUAAAAAAGUUUUUUAAAAAUUGUAAGUUUCUUCUUGCUUAAAUUAUACAUACAUAAACUUAUUUUACAUGUAGUAUGGUUCACUUAGAAAAUAUAGAGUUUCAUUUUGUAAUUUUUAUUAUACUUAAGUUUUUUUCAUUGGAGAAAAUGGAAGUUUUGUGUCAAAAACUAUUAGAAAAAGAAAGUUAUUCAAUAAAUUGUAUUUCUCAGUUGCUUAUAUUCUCAGCAGGUAUAGUUGAUUGAAAAUUAUGUUUUACAAGUGUGUUAGCUAAAACUGCAAUACUUAACUCUCAUUUCAGUAUGAAUUGGCCAAAGACAUUUUAAAGGAAAAAGUCGGGACAAUUUACCCCCAAAGUUUAACCCAUAUUAGCUCCAGAUUUUUAACAAGUUUUAGCAAAAACUAAAAUUAUCAAAUCUAUUAGACAGAAAGAAAAAUAAUAAUUUUCACCCAUUUACAAUAUGAAAUAGUUGAAUGACAAAUUUAAAUGCCAUAUUCCUUAAAGGGGCAUUAGCUGUCAAAUUCUGUUCACUGAUUUGACUCAGAUUCUCAUAUUUGAUUUAUAACAUACUAAAAUGUAUAUCCAAAUAAUAAAAAGUCUAAAAUAAACAAUUUACAAUGCUUGGACUAGAUACUAUGUAUCAGCAUUUCAUGUGUAUUAGUCUAGACGCCAUCUUAUUAACCAUCAACGUGACCUCUGAAGGCUACCGACUGUCAUAUAACCCAAUAUAAACAUAAACAUAGAUAUAAAUAGAUAGCGAACUUGUGAAAUUGGAUUUUUCUAGGUCUGUUUGAUUUCAUAUUAUAGGUUUGAAAAAUAUGUUAAUCAUCGUUUUUACCUGUAUAAGAAUGAGUUUGUGUGGAUCGAAUCAGUCAAUCAAAUGAUUUACCCUUGUUUCACUUUCAAUGUUGACAUUAUUGUCCUUUUAAUAGCUGAACACGCCUAGUUGAUGCAUAAUCCAUCUCUAGCUAAGGGGUUCAAUUGAAGUUCACAUGAAUACGGAUUUAAUGAGGUCGAAUUAUUCACUUGCAAGUGAAUAAUUCAUUAGCGUUGUUUCUUUGCUUAUUUUGACAAAACUGAACCAAACUGGCUGCUCAAAGCGAAUUAUUAUACAAAAUGUAUCACUAUUUCACUUUCAUUAAUGAUUGAACAAAAAAAAAUCAUAUUUUAUUUUUUUCUAUAUCUUGUAGCUAAUGCCCCUUUAAGAAACAACACAAGAAGACUGAUUACUUUACAUAAUGAUUAAUUAAAAUGUCUUUUAAACUAUCUUUUUCUGAUCUCAAUUAUUACAAAACUAUUCUUGUUCAAAAUUUAUAUUCCAGUGAUAGUACAUAAUGGGAUCUUAAUAUAUUCCCUCCUAAAUAUCAACCAUAGAAUUGCAGUAAGAACUGUCCUUUCUCUUACUUGAUUUCUUAGUCUCUUAAUAUUUUGUUGUUCUGAACACGAAAUCUGCCGCAUAUAGCACCUUCUUUUCUUUGAUUGGUUAUAACAACAUUUAUUUCUAAGUUAAACCAAACAAACAUGAGUAUUAUUAAUGAAUAUAACACUUUAUAAAUUUGGUACGCUCUAAGCUUCUUUCUGGAUUUUCCUGCAUCAGGAACACUAAAAACCAAAAAUUGGAAAGUUAAGGAUGUACAAGAACUUAAAUAUGUGCGGAGCAAAGGGGACUUUCAAAAAAUAGACAAAUCCAUCUAUAGUCAACUACCUAUAUGGUCAACUAAGUUCUUAAUAAUUUCUUUAUUUAUAAACAGAGAACAUAAGAAAAGAAUGUUAUAAAUCAUGUCAGUACCAAUGCAUUGACUAUUAGGCUGAUGAUACCUUGGUAAGAUAUCAAUACAAGGCCAUGGCUAUCAGACAUGCAGGUUAAAAGAUUAAUCUAGCUCUAAAAUGGGCUAUAGUGUUGGCUCGUAAAUGUUCCCUUGAAGUUCUGAAUUUUCCUGAAAAAAUGUCAUUCAUACCUAUGCAUAUUGAUAUUUGUGUGAGUUUUGUUUUUUCAAAAUGUGCAAUUAUAGUGCUAAUCUUAUCAUUUAAAACCAAAUCAAUAAAAUUUUUUAUGACAAAGUUUUCCUGGUCAAAACAAUAUAUUUCUUUCAGCAUUAUGUUGUUGCUAACAUAUGUCUUUUUUCUGGACCUAUACUUAGACAUAAUGAAAUGAUAAUAAAACCAAAGAAACAG